AUGACCGGUCGGGUCGUUACAUCUAGGUGGAAUUCGACAUAUUUGAUGCUUGAAAGUUCUCUCCCAUAUGAAAAGGUUUUUGCUAGUCUACAUUUGCAUGAUAGAAGUUAUGCUUAUAGUCCUACAUCUGAUCAAUGGAGAAGGGCAGAAAAAAUAUGUGAAGCGUUGGAGCCUUUUUAUGAGAUAACUAACUUAAUUUCUGGUUCAAGUUACCCAACCUCUAACUUGUAUUUUAUGCAAGUUUGGAGAAUUGAAUGCAUGCUCAAGGAGAAGUUGAAUAAUGAAGAUAAAGUUAUUAAAGACAUGGCUUCAAAAAUGCAUGAAAAGUUUGAAAAAUACUGGAAAGAAUAUAGUAUAAUACUUGCAUUUGGAGCGAUCCUUGAUACCCGCAUGAAGUUGCAAUUUUCAAACUUUUGUUAUUCUAAGCUGGAUCCUAUUUCUGCACAAGAAAAGAGAGCACAUGUGAAGAAUAAAUUGUAUAAGCUCUAUGAACAUUAUGCAAACAAGCAAAAUAUUGCUAGUGCUUCUUCUAGUACUCUGACUACAUCAAGUGAAGAUAGAAGUAGACCCACCAAGGGAUUCAAAAUAUUCAGCGAAUUCAAAACAUUUGAGGAUGAUACUGCCUCUAGCAAUGGAAAGUCAGAAUUGGAUCUUUACUUAGAGGAACCAAAGCUUGAUCUUGAGAAGUUUCAAGAUAUGGAUGUUGUCAUGUAUUGGAAGGAUCAUUCUAGAAAAUAUCCCGAUCUUUCAGUGAUGGCACGUGAUAUACUUAGUAUUCCUAUUACUAUUGUAGCAUCGGAAUCAACAUUUAGCAUUGGUGGGCAUGUUCUUACCAAGUACAGAAGUUGCAUCCAUCAUGAAAAUGUCCAAAUACUUGUUACUACUCGAAAUUGGUUGCACGGCUUUUCCCAUACUCAAACUGUUGAUUUCGGAUAUCACGACCCUCUAUCUGCCGCCUAUAUAACCGUUCAUGCACUUCCCGAAGUCUCAGAACCAAUCCCGGGUUCUGGGUGCAUCGUUUUAUCAAGUCCGGUGGCGAGCAUUGUUUCUCCGGGUCUUGGUACAAGAAGUUCUUAG